AUGGUGCCUGGUAAAGGAGCAGCGAAGAUGAAGCACAUACUUGGAGAUCUCCAUGCGGCCGUACAGCGCCCACUCCACGACGAGCACUUCUCCAACGUCGGCGCAUGCCAGCCUCAAGUAGUCAGACUGACAGACGAUUACUUUGCCCACUGCUGUGCGAUGAUCGUGAUGAUAAAUGUUACCAAUUUCUUUUCCGAGUCGCUUAUUUCGAAAGCUAAGGAACUGCUCGUCGAAGACUUGACGAAAGUGGAUUUCCUCGAAUUUGGCGAUAAAAGGAAGAAAAAAUCCCAGAGUUGCAAGCCAGAUUUUAAGAAAAAGAAGGCAGUUUUUUUCUUAACAAAUAUUAAAAAUAAUGUUUCGGUUAAUGCUGUAAAAAAAUAUAUGGCCAAAAAAAUGUUAAUCUACAUGGCGUGUGGAGCAUCUAUCGUGGGUGAACCCCAUGGUGGAAGCUCAGUCGCCAAAAAGGAAAUAAAUAGUAGUCACAAUAAAAAGAAUCCUCGAGAAUCCUCACAGGCGUAUGAAGCUGCUGUUGUGGGUGAACUCCACGAUGGAGCCCAGGUCGCCAAAGAGGAGAUAGUCACAAUAAAGAAAAUUCUCAGAGGCUUGUAG